AUGCGCUUCUUCGCCUUGUUACAGACUCUGGUACUUCUCGGGGCAACUGCUACAGCUUAUCGACUUCAAUAUCCCGACCAAGAUUCCAAGACGGGAAAGAGAGGCCUCGAGCGCCGCGAUGGCAAAUACUUCCACGAACCCUCUGGCUCUCUCGAAUUAGGCCAUUACGAUGCCCGCUUUUUCAAACAGGCACUCGGCUACGACGAGCAUCGCAUUGUCCUCCGGAACCUUAUUCGCGCCUACCUUACCGUCUGCUCUGAAAACAAAGUCGAGACCUGGUUGGCCCAUGGGACUCUCCUCGGUUGGUGGUGGAAUGGCCAGGUCAUGCCCUGGGACUACGACUUGGAUGUUCAAAUGUCUGCGGCUACUCUCGACUGGGUCGGCGAGAACCUCAACCGUACAGAGCACUUCUACAACUGGACCGGGACGGACAACAGCCAGCAUACAAGUCGUUACCUUCUCGACAUCAAUCCCCACCACAUCGAGCGCGAUCGUGGCGAUGGCCUGAACAUCAUCGAUGCUCGUUGGAUCGACAUGGCCAACGGUGCUUUCGUCGACAUCACCGGGGUUGCGGAACGCGAACUGCCUGAAAACCCCGGCGUCUGGUCGUGCCGGAAUUCGCACAGGUACCAUACGACAGACCUGUUCCCUAUGCGGCAGACCGAAUUCGAGGGGUUGCCUGCGAUUGUUCCGUACAGUUUCGAACGCAUCCUGAUUGAGGAGUACGGCGACAGGAGCAUCGUGGCAACGGAGUGGGCAGGGUAA